UAUCGGACUCUUUUGUUUACACCGCUAUCAUAGUAUCAUAUCAUCUCCUGGAAAUUUCCAUCUGAUCUGAUCUUCCGUAUAGCAUUUAAUUUCUUUUUCUUGUGUGUUUGUGUAAGAAGAAAAGGGAGUAUGGAAAAACGGGUUCUUGAUUACGUGUUAGUCCCGUCGGGGCUUUUAGUUAUGGUGUCUUAUCACCUAUGGCUUCUGUGGCAGAUUAGGAAUAACCCCAACCGCACUGUCAUCGGCGUCAAUGCAAUCAACCGCCGUUUCUGGGUCCGCGCAAUGAUGGAGGAUGUGUCGAAGAAUGGGGUUCUAGCAGUUCAGACUUUCAGAAACAAUAUAAUGGCGUCGACGCUUUUAGCGUCGACGGCGAUAAUGCUGAGCUCCCUCAUCGCCGUCUUGAUGACGGGCUUUAACAACGACCGCUCCAUGACGUUUGUGUUCGGCGACAACAGCAGUCUAAGCGCAUGCAUAAAGUUCUUCUCGAUACUGGUUUGUUUCCUGGUGGCGUUUCUGUUCAACGUUCAGUCAAUAAGGUACUACAGUCACGCCAGCAUCCUGGUUAACGUUCCUUACCGGAAAAUAAUGGAGGGAUGGGAAGCUCCGGCUAACCAGUACCGGUGUGUGGUGACGUCGGAGUACGUAGGGAGGACCGUGAAUAGAGGGAGCUAUUUUUGGUCUCUGGGGCUCAGGGCAUUUUACUUUUCUUUUCCCCUCUUUUUGUGGAUCUUUGGACCUAUUCCUAUGUUCUUAUGUUGCAUCGUCCUGGUCUUCAUGCUUUACUUUCUGGACGUUACGGUGGAGUUUCGGUUCGUGCCUUCUACAACAAAUGACGAGGAUGUGGAGAACAAGUUGUAACUAUAGAUUCAUUGGUGUAAUGCUAAAUGGCCUGUUGAGCAUAAAAUAUAUAAACGCAAUCCAACUAUCAACUUAAGCUUUUAAUUGAAAUGGAGCACAUGCUUCAAUUUAACAUACUACUGUAACUCACUUUUUAAGUCUACCGGUGGCUGUAGGAUUUUAUGAAAAACGCCGUGGGAUUCAAUCUUAGUUGAAUCCAGUCUUAUUAUUUAAUUAAUCUAUGUUAUCAUAAGACAGGUUUCUUUCGGAUUCCCCAUAGUUGUUUACUAUUUCUAAAUUUCUAAUUUCUUUUCGGUAAUUUAUGUAUUAUACUGUUAUUACGUACAAUGGCGGUGAGAAUAUAUUACAUAUCAGACAAGAAAUUGAUACUGCAUUUAAUGCAGUUCAUCGGAAUCUAUAAAAAUUUGCGUAUUGAAACUGCAAUUAAUGAAGUUGAUCGGAAGCUUUAAAUACUUAUGAACGUAUCAGGCUCCACUUACCUGUUUGCGGUGGUUGCUCAUCCAUCGGCGAGGAAGUCGAUACUCUGUCAUAUGAAAAAUAGAAA